GUCCUGGCUGUGUUAGGUACUUUAAACUUUAAACAAGCCAGUGUCGUUGUACUAAUAAAUAAAUACUAGAUAAUUCGUGCGCUUAAAUUGCACUUAUUUUAGACCUGACUCCUUUACGACUCUAUCUUCUCAGAGAGCAAGCCAACAAACUUUUGCAAUUUGCACCGAAAGCACGUGCCUCUUUGACCUUAGAAGUGUCGCGUGAAACCUGAAUAUCCUUACAGGGUCAAAAAAAAGGUUAAAUAAUAUGACAUCAUCAGACAAAGAACAUAUAUGAAAAAUACAGCUAUUGAACAACUACUUAAGUGAGGUACCAAGUAUAAAAUUAGUUGCAGGUGGUUUUCUAUCAUCAUUUUUUUAAUAUAUAUUUUUGUAUGUAUUCCAGGACCUGCUCGCUGUCUGCUCUGGCAUGUUUCUGUGCGAGUCGGGUUGAAAAGUAAGGGGAAGAGGGAAACAAACGGGGAGUAGAUACUAGUGUUUUUUUUACCGAAAGAAAUUAAAACGUAAGAAAAUAAGAACGCUUUUCAAAAUGUAUAAAGGAGUUUGCUUAUUUAUUUAUUUUUACAUAUAAAUGACAUACAAAAGUCCCGAGCACUGGAUAUCGAUAAUGUAAAGUUUUGACUAAGCGGAGGGCAGUUUAUAUAGUUACUACGAUACCUGUUCUGUUGCAAGGCAUUUUUUUAACAACAUAUAUUUCUCGGAUUACAUGUCGUUUAUUUUAAAAUGUAAAGUAAAAUGGCUGCAUGAGUUUAAAAUAAACUAGAAAAUAAAUAAAUAAAAAUAGCGAAUCUUUAUUUUACCGGCAGUUGACAUUUUUGUACUCGGGAACGUCAACAAUUCAAAACAAGAGCAGCAAGCUGUCAAAACUGAGCGAACGUCUUUCUUAUCAUCAACAGAAACGUGAAAGUCUUUCUUGCUUUAUUUUUUUAAUCUUAGAAAACGAAAUCAAACUUUAUUUAUGGUUGAUUUGUGUUUGUUUAUUUUAUGCACUGUUCUAUUUUUAAUGUGAAACUGCAUAUGCCACUUUUGGAGAAUUACCUGUGAAGCUACAAAACCACGCUGACAUGAGAAGUCGAAGCAACUCUGGCGUUAAGCUUGAUAAUUAUGCGAGACUGGUGCAACAGACCAUCCUGUGUCACCAGGAUCCAGUGACUGGGCUCUUGCCUGCUAGUGAAGAGCAGAGGCAUGCCUGGGUUCGAGACAAUGUUUACAGCAUUCUGUCUGUGUGGGCCCUGGCGCUCGCCUACCGGAAAAACGCAGACCGGGACGAGGACAAGGCAAAAGCAUACGAGCUUGAACAGAGCGUCGUGAAACUGAUGAGGGGGCUUCUUCAGUGCAUGAUGAGGCAGCUGGAGAAAGUGGAGAAGUUUAAGUAUAGUCAGAGCCCUAUGGAUGCCCUCCAUGCGAAGUACAACAUCAAAACAUGUGCCACUGUGGUGGGGGACGAUCAGUGGGGCCACCUACAAGUUGACGCCACCUCCCUUUAUCUGCUCUUCGUAGCCCAGAUGACAGCUUCAGGUCUUCACAUAAUAUACACUCAGGAUGAAGUAGACAUCAUCCAGAAUCUUAUGUUCUACAUAGAAGCUGCCUAUAAAAUUGCAGACUAUGGGAUGUGGGAACGAGGAGACAAGACAAACCAGGGAAUCCCAGAACUCAAUGCCAGUUCAGUAGGCAUGGCUAAAGCAGCACUGGAGGCCUUAGAUGAACUGAACCUGUUUGGUGCUAACGGUGGGCCUGCAUCAGUAGUUCAUGCUUUAUCUGAUGAAGUGGAGCACUGUCAGUCAAUUCUUCAUUCUAUGUUGCCAAGGGCUUCAAACUCAAAAGAAAUUGACGCGGGCAUCCUUUCAGUUAUCUCCUACCCAGCCUUUGCAGUGGAAGAUAUUCAGCUUGUAAAUAUAACAAAGGAGGAAAUCAUUUCAAAAUUACAGGGCCGGUAUGGUUGCUGCCGGUUUCUUAGAGAUGGACACAAAACUCCAAAAGAGGACCCCAAUAGGCUGUACUAUGAGCCUGCUGAACUAAAGCUGUUUGAGAACAUCGAGUGUGAAUGGCCCUUGUUCUGGACCUAUCUCAUUCUGGAUGGCAUCUUCAGUAAUAGUCCUGAGCAGGUUCAGGAGUACAGAGAUGCUCUGGAAGGGAUUCUGAUUAAAGGAAAGAAUGGGAUACGACUGGUACCAGAGCUUUACAGCGUCCCUCCUGACAAGGUGGAGGAAGAGUACAGGAACCCUCACACCGUUGACAGAGUUCCCAUGGGAAAGCUGCCCAUUAUGUGGGGACAAUCUUUGUAUAUUGUGGGCAGCUUAUUGGCAGAGGGAUUCCUGGCUCCAGGUGAAAUUGAUCCACUAAACAGGAAGUUCUCUACAGUCCCAAAGCCUGAUGUGGUUGUCCAAGUGUCCAUACUAGCAGAGACAGAGGAAAUAAAGGCCAUCUUACAGAAGCAUGGGUUUAAUGUACAAACGGUAGCUGAUGUUUACCCUAUUAGACUUCAGCCCUCUCGGAUCCUCAGCCACAUCUAUGCACGGCUAGGUCGCAACAGGAGGCUUGGCCUGACCGGGCGACCUUACCGCCGCAUGGGCGUCCUGGGAACAUCCAAACUGUACAUAAUCCGAAACACCAUCUUCUCUUUCACACCACAGUUUAUAGAUCAGCAGCAGUUCUAUUUGGCCCUGGAUAGCCGGAUGAUUGUAGAGAUGCUCCGCACUGACCUCUCCUACCUCUGCUGCCGCUGGAGAAUGACCGGUCGACCCACAGUUACCUUCCCCAUCUCACAAACCAUGCUGACUGAAGAUCGGUUAGAUUUGGAUCCAGUUAUCUUAGCAACACUACGGAAACUACAAGAUGGAUAUUUUGGUGGAGCUAGGGUUCAGACAGGCAAGUUGUCAGAGUUCAUGACAACUUCCUGCUGCGCACAUCUUAGUUUCAUGGACCCCAAACCUGACGGUAAGAUGCUUCAUCAGGACUAUGAUGAUGAUGAUGAUGAUGUUUUAGACGCGGUGGAGUCUCUGCAUGCCUUUCACUUUGCAGAUCAUGUGGACACCAUUGAUGAUCUUGCCAAGUAUUUAGACCAGCUGUUGAAAAGUCCAGCUCCCACGCCGUCGCAGGGUCCCAAGAAAGGAGGAGUGAGUCGUUUCCGUGCGGUUGCGCACCAGACCUGUGAAAUGGUGUCUCUGAUUAACAAGGCAAAAGAACUGGACAUACAGAAUGUGAGCAUGUACCUUCCCAGCAAGCUGUACCGUGUCCCUCAGCCCUCGUUCAACCUUCUGGACUCAACUCAGCCUCAGCCAGCUCAGGAUAUUAAGAUUCCUCGGAUGGUUAUAACUUCUGAAAUGAAUCUGCCCAAAGAUUCAUCCGGUAAAACUGACUUCAAGGCUCUGAUUGACCAGCUGAAGGAAUGCCCUUGUUUGCAGGAUCAGGCUGACAUUCUCUACAUUCUCUUCAACUUGAAGGGUGCGGACUGGGACACAGAGUACUAUGGCGAGCCCGGCACCACAGUGAAGGAUCUCCUGACUAAGCUCUACAACAAGGCGGGUGCCAUGCGUCAGUGGGGGCUCAUCCGCAUGAUCUCUGGCAUGUUAAAGAAAAAAGUGGAGGCACUAGACGAGGCCUGCUCAGAUCUGUUGUCACACCAGAAGCACUUAACAGUGGGUCUGCCUCCAGAACCUCGUGAGAAGACUAUUGUAGCACCUUUGCCUCUAGAUGAGUUGACAAAACUGAUUGAUGAUGCCAGUGAGCAGAAUAUCAACAUAGCAGUUCUUACCCAGGAAAUUAUGGUGUACCUGGCAAUGUACAUUAGGACCCAGCCAUCACUUUUUACUGAAAUGUUCCGUCUGAGGAUUGGUUUAAUCAUUCAGGUGAUGACAACAGAGCUUGCCCAGUCCCUCAACUGUUCAGGCGAGGAGGCCACGGAGAGUUUAAUGAGUUUAAGUCCAUCAGAUCUGAAGAAUCUUCUGCAUCAUAUCCUGAGUGGAAAGGAGUUUGGGGUUGAAAGAAGCAUGCGUUCUGUUUCUGCAAUCAGCCCUGUCAUAUCAAUCCACGAGGUGGGCAAUGUGGGAGCAACCAAGAGUGAGAGAGCAGGAAUCAGUAAACUCAAGCUGGAUAUGAAGCAGUCCUCUAACUUACAAGUCACAGACGUUGAUAUCAGUGAGUCUUCAUCAAUGAAAUUCAGUUCUUCUCCCAGUAUGGAUGGGCUCCCCUUCCCAGCUUCAGCAGCCACCGAUAGCCGCCAGGGGCAGUGGCUACGCAGGAGGAGGCUGGAUGGGGCCCUAAACAGAGUGCCAGUGGGCUUCUAUCAGAAAGUGUGGAAAAUCCUACAGAAGUGCCACGGACUCUCCAUUGAAGGGUUUGUUCUCCCGUCAUCAACAACUCGAGAGAUGACACCUGGAGAAAUCAAGUUUUCGGUUCACGUGGAGUCAGUCCUGAACAGAGUGCCACAGCCAGAGUAUCGGCAGCUUCUGGUGGAGGUCAUUCUGGUGCUCACCAUGCUGGCAGACAUUGAGAUCCAAAGCAUUGGGGGGAUUAUCCAUGUGGAGAGGAUCUUACACCUUGCCAAUGACUUAUUCUAUGAAGAGCAGAAAGCUCUUGGUGCAGGUGACGAUAUCUUGAAGAAAGAUCCAGCCACUGGAAUCUGUAUUCUGCUAUACGACAGUGCUCCCAGCGGGCGCUUUGGUACCAUGACAUACCUCACUAAAGCAGUUGCAAUUUAUGUGCAGGACUUCCUACCCAGCAGUGGCUGUGCAAUGCAAUGAAACAUGAGAACCAAACCACUGGCAUCUGAGGGUUUAUAAAAGAAAGACAGGCUCAAGUUUGCACUUUCUUUCAUUUAAAUAAAACAGGAACUUUUAUCUUUGUGUUUUUUCACUGUGCGUUUUCUGCAACAUGAGCUGCAUGAUCCUGAAAGACAUUGAAUGUUUUAUUGUAGUGGUAUUUAGACAGUUAUCAGACUGUCACAUUAGAUCUGAAUGAACAGUUGCUUGUAUUUCCAUGAAAAGGAAUGAUGUGAAAGGCUUUCGAUGUGAAUACAGUUAUCCUGAGAUGCAGUUCAAUUAGAUAUUUUCUAGAGAAGGUAGAGAUACACAAAAUCAGUAAAAUAUAGAUCAGCCCAUGAUAAAACUAAACUUGACUUCUUUGAUUACCAUUUGCACUGACUUUUAGAUGGACAUGGUUAGGACAAGACUUCCAUUAGUUGUUUUUGUUUUGUUUUUUUGUUACAAUUAAGUGAUACAAGAAACACAUUACUUAACAUUAGCGGGAUCCUAUGUUGUCUGUAUCACAUAAAUAUAUUUUAAUCAUAAUGCUGAGAAAUGUAUUCCCCAGUUGAUUAAUGACCCAUGGUGUGGAAAUAGAAAAUAUCAGACUAUUACUUUGAAAAAUACAUUGCUGUGAUACAGACAACGCAAACGUAAUGGCAUGUUUCUUGUAAAACGUUGCAGGGUGUUCUGUAACACUCCAAGACUCCUGUAUCUGCCUGUUUCAGUUAUGAAAUACAGACAUCUUUGAAGGCAUCACACUGGUGUAGCUGCAAAGUGGGGGCUGAGUUUGUAAGCUUUCCUGAAAUACAGUGAGGCUGCAAGUUCCAGGGUUAUAGAGCUACAAUAGUACCUUCAAAUGCAUCUCACUCAGCAGCUAUAAUUUAAUAUGUACAACAAUAGUUCUCAGAGUGUAUUGUGUGUUAUGUUUUUAAGAUUUUAAAUUGUUUUACUAGUUAAUGUGCCUCUGCUAUAACAAAUGGAUCAAUAUGGGAAAGUGCCUGAUCCUUUUUUUAUUGAGGAGCUUCUGUUGUGUUACUUAGAGACUUGCAGUGCUGUACAAACAAAAUGUUUUGGUUUACCUCUUACAUUUUUAACAACUUUAAAAAAAAAAAAAUCUUGUGAAAGUCUUUUUAAACCAUUAAAACGAAAGAGUUA